CGCCUCACCACCAAAUCCCAGGCCCGCGAUCGAUGGGCCCCGGAAUUCUGCUGCCUUCUCACCCACUCACCAUCACCUCGUACUUGCGCCGCCCCCAUCCUACCAUGUCCGGGCACUCAGCGUUGCAAGCACGACAGAUUGUGUAGACUCGACGUAAUAAUGGUCGAGUCACGACACGUUGGGCAGCGCGUGUCCUACAGCGGCGCCCUGUGUACGGUGAGGUAUGUCGGUCGGGUCGAGGGCACAGAGGGCUCCUGGCUCGGCGUCGAAUGGGACGACGCCACCCGCGGCAAGCACGAUGGCUCCCACAAGGGCGUACGCUAUUUUACUUGCCUCUCAAAGUCGGCUACUGCGGCGUCGUUUGUGCGCCCGACGCGGCCCGCAGACCCGCCACAGAGCUUCAUCGCGGCGCUGCACGACAAGUACGUCGCCCACGACCCGCUGAGCGGCCAGGGCAGCGGCGCCGCGCCGGAGCACGCCCGGCCGAUUGUCAUCUCGGGCAAGGUGGCUGAGGAGAAGGGCUUCGACAAGAUCCGCCGCAAACUCGCGCAGGUGCAAGACCUCAAGAUUGUGAUCCUCGACGGGCUGCGCGUGGCGAGCGCGGUGGGACCCGAGGAGAGGAGGGUUUCCGAGACCUGCCCGAGCAUCGUGCAUCUGGAUCUGAGCAGGAACCUGUUUGAGCGGCUGGGGCCCGUCGUGGAGGUUUGUCGGGAGCUCAGAAACCUCCAGCGGCUGAGCGUCAAUGGCAACCGAUUCCAGCAUGUCUUGAGAGACGAGGCUCUCGAGCAUGCCGAGGCCGCGUUUCGUGGCGUGACGGAGCUUGCUCUCGGUGAGACGCUGCUGAGCUGGGAGGAGCUCUGCCAUGUCGCCGUCCGAUGCCCGUCCCUCACGACCCUCGCCGUGGGGGCCAACCAGCUCUCUUUUCUUUCCGAGCCAGACUACGGCAGCCUCACGAGGACGCUGACCUCCAUCAACCUCGAAUACAACGGCUUCACAGCCGUGUCUGACCUCGCCAGCCUGGCAUCUCUGUCGGCUCUCCGCAAUCUGCACCUCAAGGGCAAUAGCAUCAAAGAAAUGACGGCCCCCAACGCCUCUACAACCAUAUUCCCGCAUUCACUCAAAUAUCUCGACGUGUCAUACAACAAGAUUGAGGACUGGUCCUUUGUCGACGCGCUCGCCACGCACUUCCCGGGCAUCACAGGCCUGCGAAUCGCUCACAACCCGGUGUACGACGCGCAAAAGGACGGCGACACCAAGACGGCCUCGUCAGCCGAGGAAUCGCACAUGUUUACCAUUGCGCGCCUCGCGGGGCUCAAAAGCGUCAACUUCACGCACAUUCAGCACGCGGACCGCACCAAUGCGGAGAUGUUCUACCUCUCGCGCAUCGCGCGGCAGCUCGCCGCCGUGCCCGAGAGCGCCGAGCAGAGCGUCCUGGCGCAGCACCCGCGGUGGGCGGAGCUCUGCGAUAUGUACGGCGAGCCGGACGUGGUGCGGCGCAGCGAAGUGAACCCUCUGUUCCUCGAAGCGAGGCUGGUGACGGUGCGGUUUCACUACGAGGAUGGCAGCGGGACAGCAAGGAAAAGGACGACGCGCAUCCCAAGGUCGUUUGACAUCUACGCCGUCAAGGGAAUUGCAGGGAAGCUGUUUGGCGUGUCUCCGCUGACGGUGCGUCUGGUAUGGGAGACGGGCGAGUGGGAUCCCGUGGCGCAAUACGAUGAACGCGACGGCGAGAGCAGCGACGAAGACGAUGACGAUGACGAUGCCGACAUGGUCGGCGGGACGCCAUCAGAGGACAAUGAGGACUAUUCCAGAGAGAGAGCCGGGAGGUGGAUCAAGCGAGAGGUUGAGUUGAGGGACGGGCCAAAGCAGCUUGGCUACUGCGUCGAUGGCCAGGAUGUGGACAUUCGCGUCGAGGUCACGCAGGGCCCGGCCAAUGCGAGUUGAGAAGCGGGCAUCCGAUUUGCGCAAAAAGUGCAGCAGCACGAGCGACGACGACUAGACUCGACUUCAUUUGCCUCUAUAUACAGUAUACGUAAAUAGACCAUUGCAGCCACGGAGGUCAGCGUCGACAUCACUCCCACCUACA